UUAUCAGUUCAUAUGUAGCGAUCCGUUCCUGUUUAACGUAAAGGGUCAACACACAAUAAAAUUAAUUACAAGAAGAAGCUUAUUCUGCUACUGUCCCAGGAUGCUCCAACCAUCAGACACACUCACCACACAUCGACCCACCACUGUCCAGCAACCACAAGGCCCUGCCCCAGCCAACCAGCCUGGAGCUCCUAGUGUCCCCCCCAGGUCCUCUCCUCCUAUCAAGAGGCUAGUAACAAAGCGUGAGCUGGUGUUUGUGUUCAUAGCGUGUAGCCUGGCGGCUGGGCUCUUGCGUACCAGGGACACGGCUGCUAUCAGGAUGGUAUGGAGGGAGGCGAUCGACCCAGCACUGUACGAUAAUGGACGCUUCCCUCAGGAGGAUGAGAAACUAUCACCACCCAUUGUCACUGAUCUAGACAGUGAUGGACUUAUAGAUAUGGUGGUACUAACGUAUGAUCACAAGGUCAAAGUUCACAGCUUCCCUGCGGACAAAAUGAGAGUACCAGGAGACAAGAAAUCAUCUCUAAAAAUUAUUGAGAAAUUUUCUGCUGAUGUUUUCGAGCUGUCUGAGGGUAGCCGACCGGUUUCCAUGGCAACUGGAUACCUACAGUCGUACCAGAGCAUGUUACAAGUACGACAUCAGGUGAUCUCUGUACUCACAUCUGAUUGGACAGUGCUCUGCUUUGACCACGAGCUGAAGCUACUAUGGAAGAACAAACUGACAGACAAGAAUGACAUUUCAGUGAGCGAGGCUGCCAUGUUGGUGGUGCCAGUGGGUAUACAGCAAGGUGAUGGGGGUGUGGUCAUCGUGGGGGGUAGGGAGGUGACCUCUCACCAGGGGGCACAGGAGAGUGUCAAGAGGAUGAGGAGAGGUGGUCUGCCUGAGAAUGAGGAGGACUUGCUGUCAUCACUGGGUAGUUAUUGUGUGACUGCAUUGGAGGGACGCACUGGCGAGGAGAGGUGGGCACACUCUCCAUCACUGUCUGACAUUGUACCAGCAUACUCCCCUAGCUCCAGUUUUCAGCACUUGAAGCUAAUUCUCCACAAAAGGUUUCGUCGUGAUGGAGAGGUCUCCUGGCAUCAGUUCAGCACAGCUCUCAGGGACACUCUGCCUCAUAGUUGGAGGGACAGCUCUGACACACGGUUCACACUUGCCCAUUUCAAGAAGGAUAGAAAGAACGACAACCAGCAUGUCACAGAGCACAUCUCCUCAGUUCGUGACAUGACAGUGGACCAUGUUGCUGGGUUGGCAUUUGGUGGUCAACGCCCCCACUCCUCGGAGGAACAUGUCCAGGGACCCAACGCCCUCAUACUGCACUCCAUGAAGGGCCUCCAUGUGUUCCACUUGUUCUUUGGUCGCCCGCUGGUCAGUCUCCCUCUCUCUCCCUAUCAUUCUGCCCACGCUGAUAUUGACGCUGAUGGUAGUAUUGAUCAUGUUCACUCUGUGGUUAACCCUGGGGAGGCGGGGCCUGGUCAAGAGGAGGAGGGGCCUGACUGUUAUGGCACGGCUACCUCUAUGGCUGCAGCAACCAGCGCUAAGGUUCUGUUCCACCACUCCAUUUGCAAGGCCACCCACUGGACAGAGAGCUUCAUAGCCACUGACCAUUGGUUCCCUGCUCUGAACCAGGUUGGUCGUAAGAGAGUAGAUCAUGACAUCACUGAGCCACUCGCCCCCGUCCUAGUAGAGAGUGUGUACCACAGUGCCCCCCUCAAGCUCCACCUAGGAGGAGGUGGUUGGAACGUGGGGAACAUACUCAAUAGUUACGUGGGCGCUCCGAGGACCCCUCCCAGCCUCACAACCCUCACACACACACAACGGGGGCGGAUGUACGACAGUGUAUUUGUGUUGAGCAGUGGGCGGGUGACUAGCAUCGGCCCUCAGGGAGAGUUCAACUGGCAGACGGACAUCUUAUCAGACUGGGACCGUGCCUCUGAGGUGAUGUACGAUCCCUCUCAUCCUGUAUGGCAGAAUGAUCCCUAUCAUGUGGCCUUCCUGCACGGAGCGUUCACACCCUCGGCCACACCCCUUUCACUGCAGGCAUACGGCAAGAAGGACCACCUCCUAGUGAUUGGCUGGGAUGUGCUGAACCUCAUGUCCACAGACGAUGGUGACCUCCUCAGCUCUCACAAGUUUGACUGUCAAUCAGUGUCCCCUCCGGUCGUGGCUGACUUCACUGGGGACGGUUGGAACGACUUCAUCAUCACCUGCCCUAAAGGGUACUUUGGGUUCAGUAUCAGUCGUCAGUCUGGCCUGUGGCACUCCACCAUUGUGAGCAUGUUUGUGGGUGUGGUCAUCGUCAUCGUGGCCGUCUACACAAGACAGAGAACUAUUUCAUUAGUCCCUGUCAUGAAAACAGCACAGGAUUGAUUAUUAUUACCACAAGCACGCGAUGGUUUGUCGAUUAUUAGAGUUUAUACUAUAAAUAUUAAAUGUUGAUGAUCUGCAAGAAUUUUUUGUGAUUAUAAA